AGUUUGCUGUACCGAACCCGAGAUUACCUAAUAAUCCCACAGUCGUGUAUUGAUUAGAGAUCGUCCCCUUUCCAAUACGUGACACUCUUCACCAAAGUCAGCCUCGUUUCAAGGCGAGUUCCAAGCGAUAUGAUCCAUGAAAAGGAAACUGGACACAGCGGAGACGGAGCGCCAUUGUCUCCUUCAACAGAUGGGGCAGCAAAUCUUAGCUCCAAUCCAGCAAUCUCCGACGAGCCUGACACCGGUCCUUUCGGGCAUGAGGGGUCCUCGUCCUCCAAAACCGGAACAGCCGGAAAAUCCGCAUCUAACAAUAUCGGGGAACCAUGGGUACCCGUAAUACCACACAAACUGGAUUGCUAUCCAAUGGAGAGGAAAAUCCACGGAUGGGCAGUCAUAUUCUACUUUGAAAAUUUCGAAGCCAAACUAGGACUGGAGCGUCGCGAGGAGGUGAAGAAGGAUGUGGAGAAUUUGAGAAGCAUCUUCACAAAACGGGGAUUCCACGUCAAGGAACACCCAGACCUGACGAGGUCCGCAAUAAUUAAAGAACUGGAUUCAAUUGCUGUAUCGGAAGAACUCAAGAAUCUGGAAUGCCUCGUUGUGUUCUUCCUCUCUCACGGGAGGAAAGACUACCUGUACGUCAAGGAUGACGAAUUCGAAGAAGAGAAACUCUGGAGUCAAUUCUACAAAUGCGAAGCUCUAUUCGGGAAACCGAAACUCUUCUUCAUCCAGGUGGCGUGGAAAAGCAAGAAAUUGGGGUCGUAUUUCAUCUACACCCUCUGCAAGGUGAUGGAGAAGCAUUCCCAGGACAUGGACGUUGUGAAGAUGCUCACCAUGGUGGCACAGAUCGUAGCCUUUCAGUUCAAAACCCAGCACAAAGAACCGCACAAUAAUGAGAAGAAGCAAAUGCCGACGAUCCGAAGCACGCUCACAAGAGAAGUUUAUCUGAGGCCGAAGCCUUGA